CCCCUUUUCCUGCACGUAUGCAUGUUACUUUAUAUACACGUAUAUUAGAACUGCCCUUAUAGACUUACUAUACACAUUCAUGCAAGGAAGGACUAGCAGACACGUACCUAGGGAUGACAUUCUUAACAUAGAGGCAUUAACAUACAUCAACGCAAACUAGGCUUAUGUCAAGCUGUACGACUAUAAUUUAGCUGUGUUUAGGGUCCUUAGGAUUCGUAAACGAGGGGAUGUAAGGCUUGACUGAUAUACAGACUACAAGAACUGAUCCCUAAAGAGCAAGGAUCUGAUCCAAGUAGAGCACAUUGGUGAUUCGCCCACAACUGAUGUUUGAUCACUGAUGAAAUGCUCAGCAGACAGUGAUAACAUAGCUCAAGUACGACCUGAACACUCCAUUAAGAUGCCCCUCAAUAACAGCCCAGUUGUGGACCUUGAGAAACUAGCUCUAGAGCAUAUUGUGCCCAGUCUGCUCUCCAAAGGCUUCUAUUACUUUGACCACUUUCUGGGGGAGGAGGUUGGUGACCGAGUGCUUGAACAAGUGAAAAGGUUGCAUAGAGAUGGUGCUCUGAAGGAUGGUGAGCUAGCAGGGAACCUCCGGGGAGUCUCCAAGAGGCACCUGCGAGGGGACAAGAUCGCUUGGAUUUCUGGCAAUGAGGAGGGAUGUGAUACCAUUGGAUUGGUCUUGUCUUUCAUUGACCGGCUGGUGGUGUUGUGUGGGACCCGACUGGGCCAGUAUUAUGUGAAGGAGAGGUCAAAGGCUAUGGUGGCUUGUUAUCCAGGAAAUGGAACCGGGUACGUGCGACAUGUGGACAAUCCUACAGGAGAUGGUCGCUGCAUCACCUGUAUUUAUUAUCUGAACAAGAAUUGGGAUGCCAAGAGCCAUGGCGGAAUACUACGGAUAUUUCCAGAUGGGGGAUCCCGUGUGGCAGAUGUAGAACCUUUAUUUGAUAGGCUGCUUUUCUUCUGGUCUGACCGUCGUAAUCCACACGAGGUGCAACCAUCUUAUUCAACCAGAUACGCUUUAACAGUUUGGUAUUUUGAUGCCAAAGAACGAGCAGCAGCCAAACAGAGGUUCAAGAGACUAAGUGAAUCCAUGCAGGAUCCUCCGACCAAGGAUAGUUGAUGUAGUUGUAUAUUCAUGGAGGGCUAAACAGUUCAACACCACACUGAUGUUUUCUGCAAGCCAGGCCACAAGAUCUUUACAACUGCAGAAACUGAAGGAUAGCACUUGCCCUAAAAAGAAACUAUAGGGGGUGUUUGUGAUUUACUCACACUGCAGAGCUCUGUCAAGUGAGCGGCUGCAGAGGAUGCUUCUCAGUAAAAGGGACUGCAGAUGGUGCUGUAAACAAUACUCAGCAUGAAGGACUGCAGAGGGUGUUUGCGGCUUCCUCUCAGCACUAUGGAUGGCAGAUGGUGCCUAUUACUACAGCUCAGCAUGAGGUGCUUGUGACCACAGCUUAGUAUGAGGAACUGCAGAUGGUACUUGUGACCCCAGCUCAGCAUGAGGGACUGCAGAUGGUGCUUGUGAGCAUUGUUCAGCAUGAGGAACUGCAGAUGGUACUUGUGAUCACAGCUCAGUAUGAGGGACUGCAGAUGGUGCUUGUGACCACAGCUCAGUAUAAGGGACUGCAGAUGGUACUUGUGACUGCUGCUUAGCAUGAGGGACUGCAGAUGGUACUUGUGACCGCAGCUCAGCAUGAGGGACUGCAGAUGGUGUUUGUGACCACAGCUCAGCAUGAGGGACUGCAGAUGGUACUUAUGACCACAGCUCAGCAUGAGGGACUGCAGAUGGUAUUUGUGACCGCGGCUCAGCAUCAGGGACUUCAGAUGGUGCUUGUGACCGCAGCUCAGCAUGAGGGACUGCAGAUGGUGCUUGUGACCGCAGCUCAGCAUGAGGGACUGCAGAUGGUGCUUGUGACCGCAGCUCAGCAUGAGGGACUGCAGAUGGUGCUUGUGACCGCAGCUCAGCAUGAGGGACUGCAGAUGGUGCUUGUGACCGCAGCUCAGCAUGAGGGACUGCAGAUGGUAUUUGUGACCGCAGCUCAGCAUAAGGGACUGCAGAUGGUAUUUGUGACCGCAGCUCAGCAUGAGGGACUGCAGAUGGUAUUUGUGAUCGCAGCUCAGCAUGAGGGACUGCAGAUGGUAUUUGUGACCGCAGCUCAGCAUGAGGGACUGCAGAUGGUGCUUGUGACUAAAGCUCAGUAAGACUUUAGAGGCGGUUUGGGACCUGCACUCCACAUGAGGGACUGCAGAUGGUACUUGCAAUCUCCCCUCAUCUUAAUGGACUUCAUAGGGUAUUAGUAACUUCUGCCAGGAAUUGGAUGGAGGAAGCAUUUAUGCCCCAGUUCAUUCUUUCCUCUCUUGGUGAUUUGAACACCACCUCCAUAUCUCAGAUUGGCAUCUACACUACAAGCACCAUUUGGACAAAUAAAUAAUUGUAACUAUUUUAUUACAAAUUAUUUGCACCUUUUGAUUAUUUUACUUGCAAACUCAAUUUGGUACUUACUGAUCAAUCAGAAGAGAGCUUUGCUGGCCAGAGCAUGUCUAUUCACUUUAUUUGUGUAAUUUCUUAAUGAGCAUAUUGAUUACAUUCUUGAUAAGUCACAUGAAGUGCCCACCUGGGGUGGGCGAGAUUGUGCUCAGAGAGCCUGAUAGUUUAUGCAUCUGUCAGGCAAUAUGUUAUUUUGCAUUAAAAGUGUUUGAAAAUUCUA